GGCUAUCCCACGAGCCCCUCCUUUUGUGUUGUUGCCACCCGGUCUGUAGCGGCUAUUCGAUGUGAUUUGUGAGUAGGCUCAUUCAGGUGCGAUCAUAUCACUGUUUGGGGAUAUGAUACACCUAAAAAAGAAUAAAAAGUUUAACUUUUCCUAGACAAUUUCAAAGAAAAUGCAAGAAGACGCGCGCUGCCUCAAACGCAAAGUGACUUUUGGGAGUCUGGACGUCCAUCCCACAGAGAAGGCUCUGGUCGUCCACUAUGAGGUGGAAGCUGCUGUGUUGGGAGGUGGUGGAGGUCCUGUGCUCGGUGAACGCAAGGAGGGACAAAAAAUAAUCCGUUUGAAGAGCCUCUCUCCUACCACAGAUGUGGCAGCGUUGGCUAAGAAAGUGGUGGAGGAAUGUAAAUUUCUUCCUACCUCCCAUUUGCCACAAGUAGAACAGCUCCUGUACUACCUCCAGAACAGGAAGUCCUCCCCGGUGGAGGGAAAAGCUCAGACAUUGGAAAGGAAAGAGAAACGACUAGUGAAGCCCAAAGAUCUGACACCAUUUGAAGGACUGGAGUUAAAUGAACAAGCUAUUAUAACUAAAGUGGAUGAGUAUGUGGAGCUGCUCUAUGAAGGCAUCCCAGAAAAGAUCCGAGGCUCUGCUCUCAUCCUGCAGCUGGCCCGUAACCCUGACAACCUGGAGGAACUCCUGCACGAUGAAGCAGCUCUUGGUGCUCUCGCUAGAAUCCUGAGAGAAGACUGGAAACAGAGUGUGGAGCUGGCUACCAUCAUCAUUUACAUCUUUUUCUGCUUCUCCAGUUUUUCACAGUUUCACGCCGUGGUGAGUCACUAUAAAAUUGGAGCGCUGUGUAUGAGUGUGGUGGAACAUGAGCUGAAGAGACAUGAUGUUUGGUGUGAGGAGCUGCGCAAGAAAAACAAGGCUUGUGAAUCAGCUCCAGAAAACGGCUCUCUGAGAAGAGAUCAGGACAAAGUUCUGAGAAAAUACCAAGGCCUGCUGGCUAAGCAGGAGCAGCUGCUCAGAGUCUCUCUUUAUCUUUUGCUCAACCUUGCUGAGGACACGAGGACUGAACUGAAGAUGAGAAACAAAAACAUCGUUGGACUGCUGGUCAAACUUCUCGACCGCAAUGAUGAGGAGCUGCUGGUGCUGGUGGUUUCCUUCCUUAAAAAACUGUCCAUUUUCCUGGAAAACAAGAACGACAUGGCUGAGGUGGAUACUGUGGAGAAGUUGGGACGUCUCGUUCCUUGUGAGCAUGAGGACCUGAUGAACUUAACUCUGCGUUUGCUGUUCAACCUCUCCUUUGACUCGGGACUCAAAGCCAAGAUGGUGGAAGUUGGGUUGUUGCCUAAACUGACUGCAUUGUUGGGAGAUGAGAACAAUCGUCAGGUCGUCAUUCGGAUCCUGUACCACCUCAGCAUGGAAGACCGCUUCAGGGGCAUGUUUGCUUACACUGACUGUGUUCCUCAGCUCAUGCAAAGGCUUUAUGAGCACGGCAAGGAGGACAUGGAACCCGAUCUUAUCUCUAUCCUCAUCAACUUGGCAGCAAAUAAGAAGAACGCUCAAGUCAUGUGUGAAGGAAAUGGACUCAAGAUGCUCAUGAAGAGAGCACUCAAGACUAAAACCUGUCUUCUGAUGAAGAUGAUCAGAAACAUCUCCCAGCAUGAUGGUCCAACAAAAGCUUUAUUCAUAGAUUAUGUGGGUGAUCUAGCAUCAGAAAUCCGGGCUGAGGAAGAGGAGGAAUGGGUUUUGGAGUGUCUGGGGACACUAGCAAACCUGACCAUCCCGGACCUGGACUGGGAGUUGGUACUGAAGGAGUACAACCUGGUACCUUACCUCAAAAACAGACUCAAGCCAGGCUCUGCAGACGAUGACCUCAUCUUGGAAGUGGUCAUAAUGAUUGGAACUGUCUCUAUAGAUGAUGCCUGCGCCGUCAUGUUGGCUAAAUCUGGCAUUAUUCCGGCUCUUAUUGAGCUGCUAAAUGCCCAGCAAGAGGAUGACGAGUUUGUGUGUCAGAUCGUUUACGUCUUCUAUCAGAUGGUGUUUCAUCAGGCCACUCGCGACGUCAUCAUCAAGGAAACUCAAGCUCCAGCUUACCUGAUAGAUCUGAUGCAUGACAAGAAUGCAGAGAUCAAGAAAGUGUGUGACAACACUCUGGACAUCAUCGCUGAGUACGAUGAGGAGUGGGGGAAGAAGAUUCAAUCAGAGAAGUUCCGUUUCCACAACAACCAAUGGUUGGAGAUGGUUGAGAGCCGCCAGGCGGAUGAGCCGGAACCAUAUCUGUACGACAACGAGAGGACCAAUCUGUUCUACAGCGCAGAUGGGAUCAUUUCAGCCGACGGUUCUGUCAGUCCGGAUUUAUUUUCUCACUUUCAGCCUCAGAAUGGAGACUCCCACCUUACAGGAGACAUGAGUGAUGUGUUUGACCAGACCAGCUCAUCGCCUGGACGACCAGCCACUGCCUACGGCUUCAGACCGGACGAACAACCACACUAUUUGUAAUAGUUUUUAUUUUAUUACCAGUGGAUUGACAGUGGUGAUACCUUGCUUGGUUUGCAUGUUUUUGAAGUACAUUUAGAACAUGUUAAAUGUAGUAUCUGUCAUAGAACAGUGGACUGUAUAUUUCAAGAUUAUGUUGAUGACAAUGUCCUUUAAAGUAUAUUUAAAAGUAACGUAUAAAAUAUUGCUGUCUCUUGUUAAAGCUUGUAACCCUUUAAAAAUUGGUGUUUUUUUUGUGACUGAACUACAACCGAUGAUGAACUGUUGACAGAACAAUAACAUUUACAUGCUGUAUGUCAUUUGUGCACAUUUUGACUUUUUUUCUGCACCUAUUCCAUUAAAGAUGUAAAUAAAGGAAGACUUUCGGAGUAGGUGAAGUCAGCUCAUUUUGUUGUAUUUAUCUCCAGGUUCCAAUAGAAAUAAAAACUAUUGCACAGAUGA